AUUAGGCGAGUCUCCCUAAACUCGCCCCCAGCCGCAAACCACCAUGGCGAACUCCACCAAGCUCCUCGCCGUCGCGGCGCUGCUCGCGACCGCCUCGCUCGGCGCCGUGCUGCUCUCCUCCACCCACGGCGCAGGCGUCCCGUGGGGCGGCGCGAGCAGCAGCAGCAUCCUCACCACCCUGCCGUUCAGCCCCAUGGCCGUGCUGCCCCUCCUGCCGCGGCGCGUCUCCAUGGCGGCGCUCCGCGCGCUCCGCGGCGUGUCGGACAUCUUCCCGGUGUUCGUGGGCGCGGCGACGGCCGUGCCGGCGGCGGACGCGGCGGCGAGCAGCGGGGUGGUGGGAUGGAAGGGCGCCUGCUUCUACGAGAACGAGGCGUGGCUCGAGUUCAACAACGACUCCGGCACCGCCUACGGCGGCGGCACCGUCCACAUCAAGGAGUUGAGUAUAUGUGUCCCUUGCAUAUGUCUUGCAGGAAGAAUAGAUUGAAUGAUCAUAUACAUUGCCGGUGACACAGAGUUAUAAUGUUCAUUGUCGAUAUACUUGGGCACUGGUUCUAAGUGAAGUAUUCUUUACAUAUCAGUAUCUUUUCCUGGUGAGUAUCAUCAUUUCGAUGCUUUGUGGAUAUAGAUGUCAUUGGGCUCAAAGCUAUCGCGAUGCAACACUCUGCACCUCUCAUGCUUCAGGACUAUGACUGUCAAAUGAUAUAUGGACACAAAUACUCUUGUUAAUAUUGGCUUUGUCUUAGGCCUGCAGUCAUUAGAAUGUCAUACUGAAUUACAUAUCCUGCUGUUUAUAAAUAGGGAUCCAAUUAGUACUGUGAUCUUGUAGAAAGAAUACACAACUUCUAUCUGGGAAUUACAUGUCCUGUUGUUUAAUGGCCUUGCGAAUGACUGACCAACAUAAUUUUUUUGUUACAUGCUCGAUGCUUCUUCCUUCCUUAUUAAAGUUCAGACACACCAGAUAAAUCACGAUUUAAUUUAAUAAGUCUGCAAGGAAGAAUUUGAAUGUCCAGAAGUGUGGUCACAUUUUUUUGUUUUUGUUUAGAAGCUCGGAUAACUACACAAAGAGGGUACAACUAUGCCGCAAAUCAUAGAUCCAAUGCUUUCUUACUUUGAUAUGGGCUCCUUGGAAUGGAU